AUGAGUGUAGUCGUACCAGCCUACAAUGAAGAAGAGCGUCUAACAGUUAUGCUGGAGGAAGCGGUUGAGUACCUUGAAGCCGAAUACGGGCGGAAGCCCAAACAACUAGAGAAGUCCAAGGUUACUCGAGAGCAGCCUUCUGGGCAUAGAGUUGUCGGAGGAUAUGAGAUAUUAAUCGUUAACGAUGGUAGCUCGGACAAGACAGUCGAAGUCGCCUUAGAAUUUGGUCGACGCCAUAAUCUACAUGAUAUCCUGAGAGUCUGUACUCUUAAGACGAACCGAGGAAAGGGUGGCGCAGUGAUCCAUGGGUUUCGGCACGUGAGGGGCGCAUAUGCCUUAUUUGCGGAUGCCGAUGGUGCCAGUCGCUUCACGGAUGUGCACAAAUUGGUGGAAGGAUGUAAGGAAGUCGUAGAUGCUUCGGGCCGGGCCGUCUCCGUAGGCAGUCGCGCGCACCUCGUCGAGAGUGAGGCCGUUGUCAAGCGUUCGCUCAUCCGGAAUGUUCUGAUGCACUCGUUCCACCUGCUCCUCCUUCUCCUGACCCCGCCCGCUACGUCACGGAUACGUGACACACAGUGCGGCUUCAAACUAUUCUCUCGCCCGGCACUUCCGUAUAUUGUGCCGUACAUGCACGCCGAGGGCUGGAUCUUCGAUGUAGAAAUGCUAAUGCUAGCAGAGAGUGCACCGCCUGCACUGCUCCCAGGUGGCGGCGAGACGGAUGCGGGCAUCAGAGUCAAAGAGGUCUUUAUCGGGUGGAAAGAGGUGGGCGGCAGUAAACUUAAUGUAAUCUGUGAUAGUUUGGGUAUGGCUUAUGGACUUGCCUUGCUUAGGGCUGGCUGGAUGCUCGGGGUAUACAGACGUUGGUGA